AACAGCUGCCGGUGUGCAGCCGACACACGCCGCAGUUUGAGUUUUUUAAUCCGCGCCACUACAACAGAGUAGAUAACAUACUAUUAUUAUCUGUUUUACACAUCAGUUAAAAAAAAAAAAAACACUGUACACCGACGCCCAGCUAAUUGAUGUGAUCCGUUUUCCACGGUAAUCGUUUUUUAUUCGCCAGUUUUCAAUGACCCGUUAACGAUAAUUUCCUAGCAAACCACGAUUGAACGCCUUUUCGCCAAAAAGUUAUUGUGAAAUGAUGGCCGACGAAAACGGUCGCAUGUUUUCGGCGUCCCACCAAAGUAAAGCUCGGUCGGCGUCCAUCUGUGCCUUUGGAUUUCCCCCGGACAGCAGCGAACACCUGAUGGCCUGCGCCACAAUGUCCACGCCGCCUCCUCAUCGACACAUCGGCUCGUCUUCGUCGACAGCCGAAGACAAACGCCGCCGGCCCGCCGCCCGUUCACAGAGCGCCCGCACCACCGCCAACCGGUCGAUCCGCAAAAAGGCGCUGGUCACGGCGGCUUCGGUGGCUCACCACCAUGAACUCAGCGACAGCAACACCAGCGUCCGGUCCGGAUACAGCGACCCCAGGCUGCACGAGUCUUCCGCACAAGAUACGACAGUUGUCAACGGCUUCAAGCGGAAACCGUCGACGAGAAAAGCGCCCACGGGUCAUAGGAAAUCUGGAGCGUUUUUAGAUGUACCCGCGGGCAUAACGACCGACAAUAAAUCCGAACAGGAAGACUCGGAAAACUCAUACAGACUCCGGUCGUUUAGUUUCACAUCGAAAGGUAUAAUCAAUAGGGGCGAUUCGUUCAUUCGGAAACGCAGAUCUAGAAGCAACAGUUUAGCCCAAGAUGAUGAUUCCAAGGAAUGUACUCCGCCGGUUGACUACAUUCAGCAGAACGACGAUAACAUAACUUCAUAUGCGGUCGCCUUGUUGGGCACCAGAGGAGUAGGCAAAACGGCGCUGAUCAGCCAGUUUAUGACUUCAGAAUACAUUAACGCUUACGAGAGACAAAGAGACAUCGGAUGCGAAUCCUCGGUGCAGUCGGUGUGCAUCAUGUUAAACGGCGAAGAGUCUGAACUAAAAUUCCUAAACGACAGUGAGAUAUCGCUGAAAGACGACCGAGUGCUCAAAAUAGCCGAUGCCUACUUGGUUAUCUAUUCGGUGGUGGACAAACACAGUUUCGAGACAGCCGAAAUCAUACUGAAGAGACUACGGGAAAACGAUUCACUGCGUACAAGACCUAUCAUACUGGUCGGCAACAAAGUGGAUAUGGCCCGGAGUCGAGAAGUGUCGCCCAACGAAGGCAGAUAUUUGGCGUGUACAUGCAGGGCAAAGUUUAUCGAAGUGUCGGUGGGCAUAAAUCACAACGUGGACGAACUGCUAGUGGGAAUUCUCACCCAAAUCAGACUUAAGCGGUCCACCGUGGCCGAGGCCCACGAACACUGGUACAAAAAUAGAAACUUCAUAAAAGCCAGCUUAAAAGCCAGACAAAUGUUCACUUGGGUGUUUGGCAAGGAAGACACGAAACUGAAGAAUUGCGAAAAUUUGCAUGUCUUGUAAUCCGCCUCAGCACCUCGGUUUAUACACUAUAUUGUUGAUCUUAAAAAAGUAAUGACAAAAUUACAUAUUAUAAUAUUGUAUCAUUUUCGUCAACCGUCAUCAUAUAUUAUUAUAUUUUGUACAAUAUAACGAUACGGUCAUAUCGCUGUUAA